AUGGCAGCCAAUGAAAAAGAGGAAGACAUAAAGGACAGUGAUGAAUGCGAUAUGAUAAGUGAUAGUGUUUCGCUGGAUGAAUGGGACAUAGGAAAGCAAGUAUAUUUUAAUGAUGUCAUCAUGCGCAAGGUGGUCAGUUUUGUGAAUGAUAUUAAGGAUCGACAAAAUUUAGAACUUUCUAGCAUAGCUAUGAAUGAUCUUAGUUCUCGUGUUCCAUAUAUCAGCUAUAACAAUGACAAUAGUAUUUUGGAUAUGUAUUUUACGAGAAUCGAACCAGUGAUGAACAUAAGUGUUGCUGGUAACGAUUUCAAGGUGAUGGCAUUAACAUCUAGUGUUCGACGUACCUGUGUGGACAAUCCGAUAUCUCAGUCAAAUACAUGCAUCCUUAAAAUGCAACAUAUUAUCAGACGUUUCUCACGACAAAUUCGUCGAUUACAUAUUGGUGGCAUUUCUGAUUUCGAGCGUCGCCUAGGUUACAUUCCAGAUCAUCAACUUGUGUUGAGUCGAGAUCUUUGUAAUGAGUUUGAUCGAUUGCAAAAUGUGGACUCCCUGGUUCUUCGCAAUCUUUGCCUGAUGUCUCCAGUAAUCGAGUAUUGGAGCAGCAACGAAUGCACCUUUACAAAUCGAAUUUCGAGUCUUUGUUUCCAUAGUAUUUGGUUUGAUCAUGCCGAAGAUAUCGACAAUUUUGUGUCGAUAAUAUCUGGAAGCGUCAAAAAAUUGUAUCUUUCCGAUUGCAGCGCGAAAACAAUUUUGAAUAUAGGAGGACGGCUUCGUAAUCUCCACAGUAAACUUGAAGUCCUUUAUAUUGCCAUCGAUCAUCGAACGUUUCGAACUGUCGAUCAUGCACACCAAUUGUUUAAAGAAAUAUCUGAUUUAACCGACAAGUUGCAUAUUUGUGCCUGUUUCUCGCGUUUUGUCUACCAACCUGGUUUCCGAAUACUUGUGAGUGUCAUCUCUUUAUUGCCUGAAUUCCAUCAAAUAACUACGGUAGAAUUGGAUUUGGGGCCUUUGCGAAAGAAUAUGCGAACCUAUGAUCAGUUUUUUACUGGUCUACCUCAAAUGUCACAGCUACGUGUUCUGCGCUUAUUUGGCUUUCCGAUUAAUUAUGGCUGCAUGGAUCUUUGGAAGGCAAUAUUGCGGUCUGUCGCACAGUUAUCACAGAUUACUGAAUUUUCAGUAAUCAAUUUGCUAAGAAAUAUUCGAACCGAUGAAUUGAAGGCUUUCUGCGGCUCGCUGCCUGCUAAUUUGAGCACGUUCGCGCUCCAUCACGUUCACCAGUUGCAAGACGACCACUUUAGCCUUAUCGCUCAGCGUUGUCCUCGAUUGGACACGUUAUAUGUUCGUGACCUGCGAUCAGUAACAUCAGAGGGCAUAAUGAAAGCUCUGAUGGAGUUCCGAAUGUUAACUAAGAUAGCGGUAUGUCAUUCGGGUCCAGUUACAAAGGAAGCCUACGAAUUACUGGCCAAUCGUGAAGCUAUGCCUCAUAUUGAAGCUGUCAUUUUGGGUGGUAAUCGAGACCAUCAGAGCGGUACCGUCUUGGAUGCUCUGUUGCGUCGACUGCCACAAUUCCGCGUGAUGGGCACAUGGAAUCGAUGGCGUGAUUGUGAGUACCAUCUGUGGCGUAGUAAUAAGGCAUACAAAGAGUUACUGGACGCGUCAUGCUACGCUGAUUGUCCAGGAUGCGGCAAAGACGUGAGCCUGAUUGAUGAUGAUGAUGACAUCCCGUAG